AUGGCGAAUUUUGUAACACUUUUGAUAAUCCCCUUGGCCUUGUUUGGUGUGUGCCAAGCUGGUCUGGUUGGCCACCCUGUAGGCUAUAGUGUGGGUUAUGCACCAUCAGCCCACGCUUUUGCUGCACCGCCACCAGUUGGCCAAUUUGCUGCCCCAUUGCCUGUUGCACCCAUUAAUGUCAACACCUAUUCCACCACCUCUCAUCACACCUAUUCCACGGCAGCUCCCGCCCCCGUUGUUAAAGUUCACAGUGGUUAUACACCCUUUAGGACAUAUUCUGUCGGUCCUAGUUACACAAAAUAUGCUACCUCUGGACACAUACCAGGACCUUAUAGUGGACCAUUACCCUAUGAAUUUUCUGCACCCCAUGAUGCUUUUAAUGGUUGGAGUGGCCCCAGCGUUGGGGUUAAUUUUGCCGCACCAGUAGCCGCUGUUGGUAAUGGAGGUUGGGAUGCCCCCAGAACUGUAGUGAAAUUUGGCCGUCCUAUAACAACAACGACAACUACUUACGCCACGACUGGGGCAAUUGCUGGCCCAGUUGGUGUUGCUGCCCCUGCUGCUCUAGCUCCAUCUCAAGUGUAUGCGGCAACACCGUUUGCCGGUCCAAUUGGGUG